GCAGUGACAGAGGUUGCCAGAAGAUGGGGCACAUAUUCCCCUUACCAUACAUCAAGGGAACCACUGACAGCAUAGUGAAACUGAUGAAGAAGCACAACCUACACACUAUCUACAGAUCCACCGAGAAAAUCCAACAAAUGCUAUGUUCAGCAAAGAGCAAGAGGGAUCCUCUCACCUCUGCAGGAGUCUACCGUAUACCAUGCAGCCGUGAACAUAUGUGAAAGGCAAACAGAGAAAAUGGGAAACAACAAACAUUACAAGCAGUAUUUCAGUUCUGUCUCUGCAAUAACAGAGGAGAUUGAAGAGCUGGAAAAAGACCUGGAUGCAUCGGAUUCAGAUGGAACCAUCCCUGUGGGACUCCGACAAAAAGACCUGACUGACAAGCACCCGAGCGGCAAGUACAACCGAGAGGCAAUGCUUAACUAUUGUGAGAAAGAGAGCAAGAAACUUAUUCAGAGGGAGCAGUCCCUGGAUGAAGAGAAGGCAAUAGAGAAGAAAAAAGAGACAAAAUCUCUUGAAGAGAAACGGAAGGAAACUCAAACUAGAGAUCUGAAAAAACCCAGAGCUUCUGAUUUAGGAAAAGAAGGUAAAAAAGAUGAAAUGGUCCAAAAAGUAACUCAAAAAGGGAAGGAUGAACCAGACAGUGUUAAGAAAACUGGGCAAAUCAAAGAGGAGAAGACUUCCAAGAAUGAAAAGACAAUCUCCAGGGAGAAAGACGGAGCUUCAGCAACAGACAAAAAAGCAACAGGUAAAGUGAGGGGGGAAGAGAAGAACCAAGCAAGAGAGGACAAAGGAAAAGAAAAGGAAGCUGAAUUAAAGAGUAGGUUUGAGAAGGACAAAAAGAUUGGAAACAAAAAAGAAUCUGAAAAAAUAGAGGAAAAGGGUACAGCAUUAAAGCAAAGCUCAAUUAAAAAGAGAGAAGAUAAAAAAGAGCUGGAAAAGAAAGAAGAAAAAAGUUCAACUUUAAAGCAAGACUCCAAAAUUGGCAAGGAGGAGAAAUCCUCAAGGGGCAACAAAGGGGCUUCUGAAGGGAAAGUUUCUGUUUCAGGGGCAGAGAAGACAAUGAAGGACACCCCAGACAGUAGCCCCUCAAACAGUAGCCCCUCAAAACCUGUAGACAAUUCUUCCAACCAGAACAAGGAAGAUGAAGCCACCAGUAUCUUUGAUGAACCAUUAGAAAAAGUGAAGAACAAUGACCCAGAGAUGGUAGAGGUUAAUGUCAAUAACUCUGACUGUAUCACCACUGAGAUUCUGGCACGCUUUGCGGAGGCCUUAGAGUUCAAUACUGUGGUCAAAAUCUUUGCAUUGGCCAAUACGCGUGCAGAUGACCAUGUUGCUUUUGCCAUUGCCAUCAUGCUGAAGUCUAACAAGACACUGACCAGUAUAAAUCUAGAUUCCAAUCACAUCACAGGCAAAGGAAUUCUGGCCCUCUUCCGUGCGCUCCUACAGAACAACACCCUGACAGAGCUGCGCUUUCACAAUCAGAGACAUAUUUGUGGAGGGAAGACUGAGAUGGAGAUAGCCAAGCUGCUGAAGGAGAACACCACCCUGCUGAAACUGGGUUACCACUUUGAGCUAGCUGGGCCCCGCAUGACUGUCACCAACUUGCUGAGCAGGAACAUGGACAAACAGAGACAGAAACGCCUGCAGGAGCAGAAGCAGACUCAAGAAAAGGGGGAGAAGAAAGACUUCCUUGAUGUGCCCAAGCCAGGAGGCCCACCAGCUAGCUCGCCUAAGGUUUCUCCAAAACCAUCCCCCAAAACGUCCCCUUGGGCUUCUCCUAAAGCUUCCCCUAAAGCUCCCCCUAAGAAUACCCUAAAUGUGCCUCCUCCACCCCCACCUCCACUGGCCCCUCCUCUGAUCAAUGAAAACUUACGUCUGUCCCUCUCCCCAGCGACUCAGAGGAAGAUGGUAGAGAAAGCUCUUCCUUCCCAAGAAAAGAACUCCAGAGAUCAGCUCCUGGCAGCUAUUCGCUCCACUAACCUCAAACAGCUGAAGAAGGUGGAUGUCCCCAAAUUACUCCAAUAGGAAAUGGAACCUAGAUUCCUGGAAGGAUGGGACUACCAAGGCUAAAUCACCGUGUUUGUCUCUUGGGUGACUGUUUACAUGAGGAGGACUUGGUGAGAGCCACAGCCUACACUGCACUAGCCCCAGAUGAGUCAUGGGAUUGGAUUGGAUGGAUUGCCAAGAAGGUGGUGGAUCAAGAAGAAGCAAUAUUUAUUUCAGUGAGGGGUUUUUUUACAUCAUGAAGCAAAAUGACAUAUAAUGGUUUAGUCUCGAAGAUGUCUAUAUUUGGGGCAUCCCUGCUUAUCUUGCCAGACACCAGGUAGCACCAUUGCAAUUACAAUAUGUAUACAAAAGAAAAUGCACACUAGAGCAUCAGCACCACUUGAAAUCUUCAGCACAAGACGACUCCAAAAGAAGCACCACCAUGUUCUUGCCACUUGCUGUGCCUAGGAUAGGAUGAAUUUGGAGGAUGGGGGAGAAUUCACUGGGCCAAAGCCAGUUUUCCAAUGAGUCUGUGAUCUCAAGGAUCCCAUUCUUCUGUUAGUUCAAACACAAGCCCUAAACAGUUAUCUUUGCUCCCAGAAGAAGCACGGAGAGCGUUGUGGAAAUCUAUACUUUGUGAGUAAAGGGCUUCAUGCGGUCCCAUGAACCUAGCAUUUGGGAAGUUUAUGGAUGGGAAAUGGAAGUGAAUGGAACAUAGAUCAUAUUGCUGAAGAUAGAACUUCAUAGUACUUGCACUUCUGAACAAAUGAGCAUCAUCUUCCAGAUCAGUUUUGGAGCCCUUUAUCUUAUGAGGCCCACUGGAAGGGAAAUAAGUUAAGUUGGCCAUUGGUAGGAGGGGAAUGAAAAAGGCAAGCAGUGACAGUUAUAUGUUCAAUGGGAUAUUAAACCAUGGAAAGCUCAGAUUUGAAAAGUGUCUCACAAAAAUGCAGGGCAAACAUUCUCAGUGUUUAUUAGAAUCAUGUAUAGUCUUUACAUAUGGGUAAGCAUAGCAGUUACAUGACACACUGAAUUCCAAUAUCCACAUUCACCACUUACUGGACAGCAGCCUUUUAGGAAGUAGUUGGCUUCUACUUCUACCCUAUCCUUGUGCAAUUUCCAUUGUGGACCUUCAAGAACAGUGUCCCUGUCUUAAUGUUCCCCCUUUGCUGGUGAUCAGUGUUUCCCAAGUGUCAGGAGAAUGGACCCUGUUGAUCACAGUGGCUACUGCCCAGUAAGUGGAGAUUGGAGGACUUUUAUGAUCCUUAUAUAGCCCUUUAUUAUUAAAAUAUGUAACAGUCAUGAGUGCUUAACUCCAACUUAUGCAUUCCUAUAUUGUGAUAUAGGAUUCUGGCCAUAGUUGCUCAUACAGGUAAGGCAAGUAUAUCCUAAUAGAAAAUAAAAAUGGCAAGGCAAUAAUUUGUUUAUAAGCACAACAUAAGACUUGGGACCAAAAAGGUAAGUUGAUUUAAUGGCCCAAGACCUUUGUGACCUAUAAAUCAGUGUCUUCUAAAACAUGGUCAAAAUUUGGAAUAGUUACCUUGAUGACUAAAGCUUUUGGAAUUCUAGGAUUCUGAAAGUUACACUCCAAAAGAAUCAUUUUUCCAAGCUCUGAUGGGUACUGGCUAUGGCAUGUGGGCAAUGAACAUCAUAUAUCUCUCAACCAACCAAUGUAUCAGCUUCACCUCUCAAUCACUACUCCUUCAAAUUCAUACAUUACUUUGUAGCACUGUGACUGCCAAACAUGACCCUCUGUAUGGCUCUCAUACUGUAUGUAGUUAAACCUGAGUGUGAUGAAGCAUUGGGUGUGCAAGAUUGCAAGGGUAUUUUCUCAAACUAGGAAAUCUGAAGUUGGAACUCUGCUAAGGGAAGUGCCCAUGUGUUGCAGGAGAAGGUCAACAUGUUACUGACUGGACCUUUUAGUCAACUGCAGAACAGCAGUUUUCAAACCACAAAGAGUCUUCAAGGGAAAUAUAUGAAGAUGGGUUAAGCGUUUGUUUGGUUUUUUUUAAGGGCCUCUUUGGAGUCUCAAUGCAAAGAAAAAGAGGCAUUUUGUCUCAAGUUCAGUUCCUUCUGCAAAUCAGUUCAUCUGCUUAGAUAUGACUCCCCAGCGUGAAAAUGAAAAUAUUGUGCUAAAUAAGUUGGUGACUCAGGCUAUAAAUGUAUAUAUAAAAUCAGUAUAUUUCUGUGCCUAUAAGAGUUUAAUAUAUAGAUGGAUAGAAAUAUCUAAUAUAACUCUCAGUGGAGGAGGGCUUAAUUUCUUAUUCAAGUGACCCAAGCACGCUUGCAUAGAGAUAAUGCCAAGUGGUGCAACUGCAAGAGGCUGGGAAGAUAGCCUGUCUCAACUAUCAAACUGGGAGACAGACUUAGGAGAUUACCUGCAACAUAAUAGGAAAAAAAAAUACACCUCAUAGACAGAUAGGUGCUACCUUGUCCCAGGCCAGCCACAUUAUACUUCCAUAAAGGACAAGUAGGACUCUGAAGCAUUAUGGAAGAUCCUUGCCACUUACAAGCCUUUUAUGUUCUCUCCACUGGCCAAGAAGGCAAACUGCAGGUAAAUAGGCUGUUGUUAGUCUCCAUCAAGUGUUACAAUGAAAUGAGGGUUAGUCUCUUCAUGGAGAAUCCACUUAAGAAAAUAGUGGGGGCUCUGGGUUAGGAAGGAAUUGUGCAAGAGACAAAUCACGUGAGCAAGAGACUUCAGAUGCAAAUGCUGCUGCAGUUUCUCUCUGCGAUUCAUGAAUGUAAUUCCUCUGUGCAAAAUGUACAAAUCACCCACACUUUUAUUAAUAAAGCUCACAAUUUAAUGUUGA